CAAUUCCGAUUCCGAUUUCAAAAUUGAAGUUGUGUCCGAUCAAAUCAACACGAGUUGGAAAGUGGGAAGGGCGGAUUCGGAUUUGCUGGACCUUGGCCGAGAUCAGAAUGGAGUCCAUGGAAAUUGAUCGAGGAAAAGCGCCGUCUACAGAAGAAGAGAAGAAAGAAGGCAAGGCAAUUGUACUAGUGUUGGUUGGACUGCCCGGAAGUGGAAAGUCUACAUUCUGCGACGAGGUCGUGAAAGUUUAUCGCCGCCGCCCGUGGGUUCGCGUUUGCCAGGAUACGAUUAAUAAAGGUAAGGCUGGGACGAAAAUCCAGUGUCUGUCAGCUGCAACUAAUGCUUUGAAAGAAGGUAAAAAUGUAAUUAUAGACAGAUGUAACAUUAAUAGAGAGCAGCGGGCCGACUUUCUGAAGCUUGGUAGCGCACAAACGGAGAUACAUGCUGUGGUUCUUAAUCUUCCGACCAAGCUUUGUAUUUCUCGUUCGGUAGAGCGCACUGAACACGAAGGCAACCUAUACGGCGUAAAAGCUGCCGCAGUUGUGAAUCAGAUGUUGCCAAAGAAAGAACUUCCUAAACUGAGUGAAGGGUUCAACAGGAUUACCUUUUGUGAGAAUGAAACAGAUGUCAAAGAAGCCAUCUAUCUGUAUGCUUCUUUGGGCCCGUUAGAUUCUCUUCCUUCGGGUCGUUUUGGACAUAAUAAAACAGAUACGACUAUUCAAUUAGGGAUUAUGAAAUUUCUUAAAAAAGUAGAUUCUUCAGGUUGUGCUGCUGCUGUCGACAAUAUUCCCACAUUAGCAUUUCCAUCUAUUUCUACCGCGGACUUCCAAUUCAAUCUUGAGAAGGCAUCUGACAUUAUUGUUGAAAAGGUUGAGGAAUUUGUCAGUAGGAUUGGGAGAGCUCGACUUAUUCUGGUAGAUUUGUCUCGUGAAUCAAAAAUAUUGUCCCUGGUUAAGGCUAAAGCUGCGCAUAGGAACAUUGGCCGCAAUAAGUUCUUUACAUUUGUUGGAGACAUAACUCAACUCCAUUCUCAGGGAGGUUUAUACUGCAACGUAAUUGCUAAUGCUGCCAACUGGCGUCUAAAGCCAGGAGGGGGAGGAGUAAAUGCUGCUAUCUUUAAAGCUGCGGGUCCUGAACUAGAAAUGGCAACCAACGAAAGUGCCGAUUGCCUUCGUCCUGGAAAAUCUGUCGUUGUACCACUCCCUUCGUCUUCCUCGUUAUUUGCAAAGGAAGGUGUAACGCAUGUCAUACAUGUUCUCGGACCAAACAUGAACCCCCAGAGACCCGACUGUCUGAAAGAUGAUUACGUUCAAGGAAGCAAGAUACUUCGUGAAGCUUACUCGUCACUAUUUGAAGGAUUUGUUUCUAUACUGGAGUCUCAAGGAAUAGUUACUCCUGCAAAAGAUGAUCAGAAGGCCAAAAGGGAAGGUGCUCAUGUUUCUGACAGUAACAAAAAACAAAAGGGAUCUGAACAGUCCCUUAAACAUGGUGUCAAACAUUGGGCCACGUGGUUUCAAGCUCUUUACAAUGUUGCAAUGGAUCCUGCCAAGGACGAGAACAUUGUACUUGAGAAGACGGAUGAUGUUGUAGUGAUAAAUGAUGCUUUUCCUAAGGCACAGAAGCACUUCCUGGUUAUAGCACGACUUGAUGGUCUUGACAGCCUUGCAGAUGUCUGUAAAGAGCACGUCACAUUAUUAAAGACGAUGCAUGACGUUGGCUUGAAAUGGGUAGAAAAAUCCCUCGAUGAAAAUAAAUCAUUGACAUUCCGUCUUGGAUACCAUUCGGUGCCUUCAAUGAAACAACUGCACCUUCACGUGAUUAGCCAGGAUUUUGACUCGAAUCAUCUGAAGCAUAAGAAGCAUUGGAACUCGUUUAAUACUCGGUUCUUCUUGGAUUCAGUCAAUGUGAUAAAGGAACUAGAAGAUACUGGAAGUGUUACAUUGAUAACUGACGACUUCCGUUCAAUGGAGUUACGGUGCAAUAGGUGUCGAAGUGCACAUCCCAACUUACCUCGUCUCAAAUCACAUGUUAGAUCUUGUAAAGCCCCGUUUCCUGCUGAUCUACUCCAAAACGGUCGACUUUUUACCUCCGAAGGUAAUGCUUGAUAACUUGUCGUUAGUAAUUUUACGUGUUUACGAUGUACAUAAUAAUCUUUCGUGUUCUCUUUAUUUUGAUUUGCGAAAAUAUGUAGUUUUUGUAAGAUGUCGGCACUACUCACCAUUUGGUGAGAUUCUAGAAACAUCUCAAAA